AUGGACAUCUUUGAGGACUUCAAUCUCGCACAUGCCUUUAUGCAUUGCAAGGUGAAGCGCAUUGACCAGUAUGACUGGGUUAAGAAUUUGGGGCUCUUCUUCCUCCCAAAAGGAGUGCAAGCACCUCCUGGUGGCAAGUCCUGGACCCACCUGGCUUAUUGGAAUGAGUGGGGCAGUUUCAAGGAGAACCAGGACAUCACUGAGAGAGACGUGCAACUGGUCCGGAAGCAGAUCUUCAAGCGUUUUUCAAGGGCAGUCUGGCUUGUGAUCGCAGCAUCCGAUCGCCUUUGGAAUACCCGCAAGUGGAUGGAAGGUGAGAUGUUCCCAAGGGGUGCAGAUCCCAACCUCACUGCUCCCAUUGUACUUCUCAACCCAGAGUUCAGACUCAGCCAGAUCCAAUGGCUUCGUGGACUAAGAAGUGCCAGAGACAGAGAGCGUCAAGCGGUGGUGAAAGAGGCAGAGGAAAGUGAAGAGGAUGGACGGAUGUGUGAAGUGCAGAGUGUUGGGCAUGACUCUAAACUGGUUAUUCUGACUGACACGGAAGAGGAGCUAGUCAUUUUGAGUGACACAGACGACAAGCUAGUUGUUCUGUGA